GGGGGGGGGGGCUUUUCUGAUGCAUUUAUUCCUUUUCUUUUUUAACUUUGGUGAAGUUAGUAUUCUACACACGCGGUGCCACGCCGAACGCUCCCUGCUCCUACGCGCUCUACUCGCCACCGUGCCUUCCCGCCCGUCAGGCUAAAUUUACCUCGACCCGACUUGUUGCUGAGCCACUCCGUAGCGCAGACUAGAACCGGCCUGUCUGUAAAUGUGUACUCUGUAGUCUCUGAACCACCGUGCCCGAAGACCAACUCAAGCUGGAAAAAUGCUGGCAAGAGAACCCCUAGUGCAUAUACCUAUUCAGUGGAAAAGUUCUACUUACUUUUGUGUAGACCAUCUUGACACCUGUGCAAUUGAAAUAAGACCUGCACAAUGGAUUUGUGUGUGGGCUUCAAACACUCCAUUUUCUUGCUGACUAUGAUAUAAUAAAGGAAUAUUUAAGGUUGUAGCAACUCCAUUUUCAUUACAGCAUCCUGAGUACAUUAAAAAUGUCCAGCAUGCUAGGGUCAACUGCACCCAGUGGUCCCAUUCGGCUUUUAGCUGUCCCCGGGUAUGAAGGCCGGGUCAAUGAUGUUAUUUAUCACCCUCCACAAACUCGUUCAGAAGAAGAUUCUGCUGUAAUAUAUUUUGGUGGAGAUGUACAGGAUUAUAAGGAAAAUAUGGAAGGUCACCGAGAUAAUAAACCAUACAUGAAGUGGAGUUUAGAUGAAACUAGUGAGCGACUUAGUAAACGCUUUCCUACCUGCCAUAUUGUUGUUGUACGUCCAGUUAGAUCGACUACUCCUAAACUUGCCACCUUCAUGGAUUUUGUAUCAGCUGAAAUGGAUCAUAACAGGAUGGAAUUCAAAACAUUUAGCUGCUAUGAUAAUUUUGUUCCAUGCAAUAACUGUGGUGCUCCAGAACACACACCCACCCAUUACACUUUGCAGCAUCUGGAAAGACUCCUUCAAUGUGCCUCUGCUCGGUUACGUAAUAUGUCCAUAAGUCAGUUAAGGUCGCAAGCGCAAAAAGAUGCAAAACCAUCCACUGACAGCACAACAAGCACUGAUGUUGGUAGCUCUUCAAGUAGUGUCUGUCAAAAUGAAGUAGCGACACUAGAAUCUAAACUGGUUCCAGACCAAAAGCUGGAAAAAGAUCAGGAAAAGAUUUGGUGGAGGGAAGGUAUCCAAUUGGAUCGUGCACAUUUGAUUCUCAUUGGUUUCAGUAAAGGAUGUGUAGUAUUGAACCAGAUUAUUUAUGAAUUUCACUAUUUGAAAACACUUACCCCUGAUGAUGAUACAAUGUCCAAAAUAGUAUCUCGGAUUAGAGAAAUGUACUGGCUUGAUGGUGGUCAUUCUGGUGGUAAAAACACAUGGAUUACUUCACGGAGUCUUCUUGAAACUUUAACCAGACUUAGCAUUAAUAUACAUGUGCAUGUAACACCUUAUCAAGUUAAUGAUGAUAGAAGACCGUGGAUACGUAAGGAAGAAAAGGCUUUUUGUGAUCUCCUGCGCAGGCUAAAUGCUCCAAUAGAGAGAACUUUUCAUUUUGAAAAUCAAUUACCCACAUUGCUCACCCACUUUGAAGUUCAUAAUGUAUUCAGGCCUGAGGGAGGUUGUGAAAAUGCCUCAUCUUCCCCGCCAGAGACCUAAAGCUUUGUGUAAAAGUCUUGUUCCUCAGUCCCCUUUGACAGAAGAAGCGUGAUUUCCUGUUUCUCAUCCUCUAUAAAGACUUGUAAGGUUCAAGAUUUAAUCUUACUUGUCAAUUGGUUUUGACAGAACACUUCUGGUUCUUUCAUUAGAGGAAUAAAUACUUUGGUUAUCUGUCAGUUCCUCCCAUGUAUUUUAUCUAUCACCAUCAAGUCAUACAUGCGCAAAGCUAGUCGCUCUAAGCUCUCAUGAUAUUUAAAAUUCGUCAGUUUUGUAAAUAUUCAUAUGGAAUACAUAUAAAUUGCUGUAUUCUUGAGCUGUCUGGGUAAACAGUAUGAUGUUUCAUCUUCAUAUCUACUUUAAAGUAUGUGAAUUUUUCUGUGCCAAAUGCUUUGAGUAGAUAUAUACUGUUUGUUCAAACAUCUAUAAAUAUGUUACCACUGAAAACAAAACAUCUAUAUGACACUUCCCACAUGUGAUCUGUGGUAUGGGUCUAGAGCUCAUUUUCUAGCCCACCCUGUACAGUAUAUGGUAUUUUUGUAAAUCUAUUACUUAUGUCACUAUUGUUUCCAUUUCUAAUUGGAAUGUGGGCAAACAAAUUUUGACAACAAAACGUACAAUCAUUCACAGAAAUUGAGUUGGAUGUGGAUUAUACUUCAUGUACUGCAGGUAGAAUUGUCUUCAUUUUAUGUUAGUCUUGCUUCAAACUCAAAUCUAUCUUUGAUUCUGUUUUGUUCUGUUCUGUAACUUGUUCCCUGUACUACCUAGGAAAGAUAGAUGCAUAGAAGAAGUGGCCAUGCAUAGGUAUUUUAUCAUAAGACUGGAUAGUUUCUUGGUUUUAUAUAUUUCAGAUAGACAAACUUCAUUUUAUAUGAAAUUUUAUUCUCUAUCGUAAUCUGAGGCUGUUUUAUACAACAAUACUACCUAAAUGAGAUUCAGUUCCCUCAUGAAAAGAGCAUGCCUGCCGCUGGCUCGGUACUUUGUUCAUACAAACUAUAUUGUUUUUAUAUUUAUGUUAUUACUGUAUCUCUCACACAAGAGUCUUGGUGUGCAUUGCUUUUUUUAUUCAUUUCCAUAUUUAUUUAUGUCUCAGUCAAAAUUUUCUUCAUCUGAAUUGACUUUUCUGCUUUUAACGGUUGUAGUGAAAUUUGAAAGGACCUUCUCUACUGUGUGUAACUGAUAGAAGAAACCCUUAUCUUACCUACUUGUUGUGAAUGGUCAGUUUGGCUCUCUACAAGGCUAUAAGAAAUGAAAGUUUUCAUUGAAAGUAGUUCUUGUUGUGUCCACCUAUUUUUAUUUUGUUGAAAUUUCCAAAUGUCUUCGACAUGUGCUACCAGAUAAGGGUAUAGCGAAUUGUUGUCCAAGGCAUACACACAUUUUUAUUUUUUUAAAGUGCAAAAGCUAUGGAAUGGUGGAAGUAGUGCACCUUGGAAAUUAUUUCACACAACCUGUUAUUUCUUUUUACAUUGUUCAGAAUCUGUAAGUGGCUCAUGGUUGGUCUCAGUUUAAUAAGUUCUCUAGAUUGGUUGUCAGGAGCAGUUCACUUUACAAUUUUCUUGCGCUUUUUCCAAAAGGCUACUCCUAUGAUAAACUGUUGUUUCCCCUGACGCACUUGAAUCCUUGAAUACUCAUAAAAAUGCGCUUAAAAGUGUUAUGAAUUGGUGAUUCAUUGAAUGCUUUGAUGUUUUAAACAUGUCAUCAAUUUGUCAUGUGCGCCUUUCUAUGCACAUUGAAGUGCUUUUAAUGCCUUAAGUGCUUCAGGGGUUGAUUGGGACUAUAUAUGAAAACUGUGAUGUUGAUACCUAUCUUUUUAUGUGUUGUAUGAGGAAUCUCUUUAUAAUUUGUGUUCCCUUUUAUUUGAACAAUAUUUUCUCAAGGAUGUAGUUGUUGUGUCUUCUCAGGCACAGCAACUAUUUCUAUCUCUAUAUGGAUCUAUUUCUAACAUGAUUACUGCAGGAUAAAUGAGCAUGUAUUCUCAAGCAUGUGUACUUAAACCAAAGAACUUUCAACAUUUCUGAUGGUACACCCAAUUUUCCCCCCCUCUCUCUCUCUCUCUCCCUCUCUCUCACCCUCUCUCUCACAGGGUAAUUAAUGCCUUUGUGUGAGGAAAUUGUAAUCAUGUUUCUCUUGCCAUUGCAUUUUUAAGAUAACAUUCCACAACUGUAGUUUAUACUUGAAGUAUUAACCAUAAAGAAACUGAUUUUACAUGAUAUUAUGUGGACUUGCAAUUUACUGUUUUACCAAAUGGAAUAUUUUAUGAGGACAUAAUUGUAGUGGGUAAUUUUUUAAAAAUUAAUCAAAUUAGUGAAGAAUAAGUGUUUAUUUAUUAAUAAAAAUUGUGAUUUGAAGUACAA